AUGGCAUUGGAGUGUGGUUUUCAUUUCCUGAAUGGGGUUUACACGAUGCUGUUGUUUUGCCUUGGCAUUGUGCUUGUGAAUUCGGUUAAUGAAGAGGGCUCAAGUCUUUUGAUGUUUAAAGCUUCCCUUCUUGACCCAAGCAACAAUCUCUAUAACUGGAAUUCUUCUGAUUUGACUCCUUGCAAUUGGACUGGUGUUUAUUGCACGGGUUCAGUAGUAACUUCUGUGAAACUUCACCAACUUAAUCUGUCUGGUACUUUGGCUCCUACAAUCUGUAAUCUUCCAAAGCUGCUUUUGUUGAAUUUGUCAAAAAAUUUCAUCUCUGGCCCUAUUCCUGAUGGUUUUGUUGAGUGUGGUAGUUUGGAGGUUUUGGACCUUUGCACAAAUAGGCUUCAUGGACCCCUUCUGACCCCUAUUUGGAAAAUCACAACACUUAAAAAGCUCUACCUGUGUGAAAACUAUAUGUAUGAUGAAGUGCCAGAGGAGCUUGGGAAUUUGGUGUCACUUGAGGAGCUAGUCAUUUAUAGCAAUAAUUUAACUGGGAGAAUUCCCUCUUCAAUAAGAAAGUUGAAGCAGCUUAGAGUUAUAAGGGCAGGUUUGAAUGCCCUCUCCGGGCCAAUACCUUCUGAAAUCAGUGAGUGUGAGAGCUUGGAGAUAUUAGGGUUGGCACAGAAUCAGUUAGAAGGUUCCAUUCCAAGGGAGCUUCAAAAGCUUCAGAACCUCACCACUAUACUUCUAUGGCAAAACUCUUUCUCUGGGGAGAUUCCUCCUGAGAUUGGAAACAUUAGUAGCUUGGAACUGCUCGCUUUGCACCAAAAUUCACUAACUGGUGGUGUUCCCAGGGAACUCGGAAAGCUGUCCCAGUUGAAGAGGUUGUACAUGUACACCAACUUGUUGAAUGGAACAAUUCCACCAGAGCUAGGAAACUGCACAAAUGCUAUUGAGAUAGACCUAUCUGAAAACCAUUUGAUUGGGAUCAUUCCCAAGGAGUUGGGCCUAAUAUCUAAUCUUAGCUUGCUUCAUUUGUUUGAAAACAAUCUGCAGGGUCAUAUUCCAAGGGAGCUUGGUCAGUUGAGGGUGUUAAGAAAAUUAGACCUGUCACUAAAUAACUUGACAGGUACAAUUCCACUGGAGUUUGAAAACCUUACAUACAUGGAAGAUUUGCAGCUAUUUGACAAUCAUCUUGAUGGUGUGAUUCCUCCUCAGCUGGGAGCUAUUAGAAACCUUACUAUUCUUGAUAUAUCUGCAAACAACCUUUUUGGUAUGAUACCUGUUCAUCUUUGUGCAUAUCAGAAGCUGCAAUUCCUUAGCCUUGGGUCAAAUAGGUUGCUUGGAAAUAUUCCUUAUAGCCUCAGAACGUGCAAAUCUCUUGUGCAGCUUAUGCUGGGGGACAACCUGUUGACAGGAAGCCUACCUGUUGAAUUGUAUGACCUUCACAAUCUCACUGCACUUGAACUCUUUCAGAACAGAUUUUCGGGGAUAAUAAACCCGGGGAUAGGCCAACUUAGGAAUCUAGAGAGGCUUCUCUUGUCAGCUAACUACUUUGAAGGCUAUCUCCCUUCUGAGAUUGGAAGUUUGACACAACUUGUCACAUUCAAUGUUUCCUCUAACCGUUUCAGUGGAAGCAUACCUCAUGAGUUGGGAAACUGUGUUAGACUGCAGAGGCUUGAUCUUAGCAGGAACCACUUCACUGGUAUGCUUCCAAAUGAAAUUGGCAGCCUGGUGAACUUGGAACUGUUGAAAGUUUCUGAUAACAUGCUCUCAGGAGAAAUACCAGGCAGUUUGGGGAACCUUAUUCGGCUCACAGACCUCGAACUGGGUGGCAACCAGUUUUCAGGAAGCAUCUCUUUUCAUUUGGGAAGACUUGCAGCUCUUCAGAUCGCUCUAAACCUGAGCCACAACAAACUUUCUGGCUCAAUUCCUGACAGUCUUGGGAACUUACAAAUGCUAGAGUCCCUUUACCUAAAUGACAAUCAACUUGUUGGUGAGAUUCCUGCAUCAAUUGGUGACCUUCUCAGUCUUGUCGUAUGCAAUGUAUCUAACAACAAGCUAGUAGGAACUGUUCCAGACACCAAUACAUUUAGAAAGAUGGAUUUCACUAACUUCGUGGGGAACAACGGUUUGUGCCGAGUCGGUACCAGUCAUUGCCAUCCAUCUAUAUCUUCCUUUCAUGCUGGGAAACAAAGCUGGAUCAGAAAUGGUUCCUCAAGGGAAAAAAUAGUGAGCAUUGUUUCUGGGGUGAUUGGACUAGUUUCUCUUAUUUUCAUAGUGUGCAUAUGUUUGGCCAUGAGGCGCCGAAGCCAUGAUGCUUUUGUUUCACUUGAAGGGCAAACUAAGACUAAUGUCUUGGAUAACUACUACUUUCCUAAAGAAGGGUUUACAUACCAGGAUCUGUUGGAAGCCACUGGCAAUUUUUCAGAAAAUGCAGUUCUAGGAAGAGGAGCUUGUGGCACUGUUUACAAGGCUGUUAUGAGUGAUGGUGAAGUGAUUGCUGUCAAGAAGCUGAAUUCUCGAGGAGAGGGAACAAAUAGUGUUGACCGAAGCUUCCUUGCCGAGAUUUCAACCCUUGGAAAGAUCAGGCACAAGAACAUUGUGAAGCUGUAUGGAUUUUGCUACCACGAGGAUUCUAAUCUUCUCUUAUAUGAAUACAUGGAAAAUGGAAGCCUUGGGGAACAACUUCAUUCAAGUGCAACCACUUGUGCAUUGGAUUGGAGUAGUCGAUAUAAAAUUGCUCUUGGAGCAGCGGAAGGCUUAUACUAUCUUCAUUAUGAUUGCAAACCUCAAAUCAUUCAUCGUGACAUAAAGUCAAACAACAUAUUACUUGAUGAGGUGUUUCAGGCUCACGUAGGAGACUUUGGCCUGGCAAAGUUGAUUGAUUUUUCUUUCUCAAAAUCCAUGUCUGCUGUGGCUGGUUCCUAUGGCUACAUUGCCCCAGAAUAUGCUUACACCAUGAAGGUGACUGAGAAGUGUGACAUCUAUAGCUUUGGGGUAGUUUUGCUUGAACUAGUUACUGGGAGGUCACCUGUUCAACCUUUGGAACAAGGUGGUGACCUGGUGACUUGUGUGAGAAGGGAAAUUCAAACAUCAGUACCAACAUCUGAAUUAUUUGACAAGAGAUUGAAUCUUAGUGCUCCAAAGACAGUUGAAGAAAUGUCUCUUAUUCUCAAAAUUGCCCUGUUCUGCACCAGCACAUCACCAAUUAAUAGGCCUACAAUGAGAGAGGUCAUUGCAAUGUUGAUUGAUGCUAGGGAAUAUGUCAGUAAUUCACCAACCUCUCCUACAUCAGAAUCUCCAUUGGAUGAGGAUGAUGGAAUUUCUUCCAAAGAUGAUGGUCUUGAAUUGUAA